AUGUGUGAGAAUAUGCCAAAAUGGAAGCGUAUCAACCCUGGGGUUAGAUACCUCGUCGACGCAAUAGCUAAAGAUUUUCCCCCUGAGAGAUUGCAUCUUCAGACGAAGGUCAACGAGAUUGCCCGGCGGUCCAAAUCACAGUAUGAUCUCUUGACGUCUGACGGUAAACAUUCGCGUUUCGAUCAUGUCAUACUCACGGUAGAUGGCCCUGAAAUCCUUCGACUAUUAUGCUCAACUGUAACUGAAGAGGAGAGCCAUGUUCUUCAGUCUUUGGCAGUGACGACGAAUAUUGCAGUGCUGCACUCAGAUUUUCCCGCAACGGCCAACCAUGUUGCGCCGGAUUAUGAAUUUAUUAAGGCGUCUAGCAACUAUCGACGACGGGAUCUCGUACCACCAAAGUUCUGCUCGAGAUACGAUGUUAAUGUGCUCCAAAACAUUCCCGCCUCGCGUUUCGGCGAGGUCUUUAUAACCUUUAAUUCACUCUCACCACCCCACCCCAGCCUCGUUCAGGGUGUAUGGGAGUUUACUGAACCCGAACCCUCCGCAGAUUCACUAGGCGCGCAGUCUCGCCUUGCUUUGAUUCAAAACACACGAGGUCUAAGCUACGGUUUCUGCUGGACAGGCCGUGGACUUUUAGAGGACUCGAUUACCUCCGGACUGAGAAUAGCGGUCGAAGAUCUUGGAGCCACGGUUCCUUUCGAUGUGACUUUUCAUCCUCAUCCCUUGGACUCACCUGAAUUCUCAUACAAACGCUCAGGACUUCGGUACAACCUGGUUAGGACAGCUCUAGAGGCAGUCCGCACUGUUGUCCUUGUACUAGAGAUCGCUUUGCUAUUAUUGGGUCGUAUAGAGACCCCUGUACUCAAGACCAGGACUCCCCUUGAUCGGGCAAGCAGGAUUAGUGGCACUUUUUAAUGGCUAUAUUACGGCGUCUCGGGAGACAUUUUGGCUACACCACUGUAUGUUGGAAAGAUCUCGAGGAGAUUUAUUUCAUAAAUCUUGACAUCAAGAUGUUGAUUUU